UAUGUUGGGGGCCAAUGGGGUUCCGGAGUGUGAAACCCUAGAGCCCCGAAUCCUCCUUGCCGAGGAGAUCCGGAGCAUUCGAUCGGUUCUCGGCGGCGAAGUCGCUGAGGGGGACAUCGUCCGAGCCCUCGCGAUCUGCGGCAACAACCCUAACCGCGCUAUCAACGUCCUCCUCGACUUGCGGGAGAUGGAGUCCAACGACGUCGGAGGAAAUGGGAUUGUAAGUAAUUUAUGCUCCAACGAUGGUAGUAGGAUGGGGAAUUGCGGUGUUUUGAUGUGUGGUAUUGAAGUGAAAAAGGAGGAAGCUGAUGUUUGUAGUGAGAGAGAGAGUGCUCCGGUCUCGGAAAUUAGGGUUAAAAAGGAAGAAUUUGAGAUGGAUUAUGAGAAAGGUGCGAUUUUGAUGCCCCAAGUAAAGGUUAAAAAGGAAGAAAAUGAUGAGGGUUUUGAGGUCGAAGCCGUUCCGAUGCUGCAGAUUAAAGUUAAGAAGGAAAAUUUUGAUUCGAAUUAUGAGAAAGAUGCUGUAAUAAUGAGAAAUGAUGGAGAAGUUAAAAAGGAGCGUCAAAGCAGUGUUGUCGAUAAAUGGGAUGACGGAUUGGACGAGUAUAUUCGGGCGAACAAUGGCUUGGCGAAGAAGCACGAAUCCGGUGGAAAUGUUAAAAGAGAUGAGAAAUUAAUGGCCAAAAAGGAGGAGCCCUACGGCGGGGAUUUACCUGAUUUGGCUAUUACCCAUUUUACUCCGUACCUCAAUCCGCGCCCUAUCUCUGCUAUUCGACCGAGUGUGGUCGCCGAUCGGAGGCUUCAAGUGGUCUCGGAUUCGGAUUCCGCUGAGCUCGGGGAUUUUCCGGAGGAGCCUGAGUGGUUUCUUGUGGGAAAGACUUAUAUGACUGGGUUGUCCACUUGCCGCGGGAAGAGGAGGCUCGACGCCGGAGAGAUUGUCCAUUUGUCUUUUCCGGCCUCUGCAUUAAAAAGGGAUUAUGGUGGGCUUUCGGUCAGCGCAAAGGCGGCGGCUGCGGUGUCGGAGAUCGUCCGCUUCUCAACAAAGCGGUGUGGAGAGAUUGGGAGGCUGCUUCCGGAGUGGACUAGAUGUCUCAUCCCGCUUGUGAAUUCAUCGAAGGUUAAGGUUCGAGCAAGAAGCGUGUUUCCUUCAGUGCAACUCAGUUUGAUGCAAGAUAUUGUUCUGUACGCGAGUUUUUACAUCCAUAGUUCGAUCUUCACAGAGGGAGACAAAUCGUCGUGGAAGCUUUCAGCUCCUUCGCACUUUGAUCCUACUGUUCAUCCUCUCCCAACACUAUUUAAACUACUAAAAAUCAAACCGUUUAAGAAGGCUGAUUUUACUCCAGCAGAGCUCGACACACGGAAACGCUCUCUAAAUCUAAAUGAUGAUGAUGAUGAUGGAGAAUCAAAACAUAUAGUUGGGCUUGCAAAGCGGCGGAAGGGUUGUGAAACUUAUCCUGAGCAAUCUAAAGACGAACAAGCAAUCUCCGAAUCUGCCCUAAAUAAGCUUGUUGGAACGGCAGAUGUAUACGAUUUAGAGGAAGCAGAGCCACCUAGCUCACUUGAUUGUGAGCUAAGGCCCUACCAGAAACAAGCACUCUUUUGGAUGUCUGAAUUGGAAAAAGGAAUAGAUGUUGAGCAAGCUGAAAAAACUCUUCACCCAUGUUGGAAUGCCUACAACAUUGUUGACAAGAGAGCAUCUGCAAUAUAUGUAAAUGUUUUUUCUGGUGAAGCAACAACUAAAUUUCCACGUGCUACACAGAUGGCGAGAGGCGGAAUACUAGCAGAUGCAAUGGGUCUUGGGAAAACUGUCAUGACCAUUGCUUUAAUACUGACAAACCCAAAAGGAGAAAGAUGUGAUGAUCAAAGCACGAAGAUGGCUAUUGCGCAUGAUUCUGAGAAAGAAACAGUGGCAACGGCAACCCCAACUGUUAAAGGAGGCACUCUUAUUGUGUGUCCAAUGGCAUUAUUAGGCCAGUGGAAAGAUGAGUUAGAAGCUCAUUCUAAGCCAGGGAGCAUUUCCGUCUUUGUGCACUAUGGAGGUGACAAAACUAGUGAUCUCAAAGUGAUCGCAGAGCAUAAUGUGGUGUUGACAACAUAUGGAGUCUUAGCAUCAGCUUAUAAAUCUGGUUUGGAAAGGGAAAGCAUCUUCCACAAAGUAGAUUGGUACAGAGUAGUGCUAGAUGAAGCGCAUACUAUCAAAUCAUCGAAAACCCGAGUUGCUCAAUCAGCCUUUGCUUUGAGCUCAUAUUGUAGGUGGUGCCUGACUGGCACCCCUCUGCAGAAUAACUUGGAAGAUCUUUACAGUCUCCUUUGCUUCUUACAUGUUGAGCCAUGGUGCAAUUGGGCUUGGUGGCAAAAGUUGAUUCAAAAGCCUUAUGAGAAUGGUGAUGAAAGAGGACUAAGACUGGUUAAAGCCAUCCUAAGGCCAUUGAUGCUGAGGAGAACAAAGGAAUCAAAAGAUAAAGAAGGAAGGCCCAUUCUUGUCCUCCCUCCUGUCAAUGUGCAAGUUGUGGAGUGUGAUCAAUCAGAAGCCGAGCAUGAUUUCUAUGAAGCUUUAUUUAGGAGAUCAAAGGUUAGAUUUGACCAGUUUGUAGCACAAGGCAAAGUUCUUCACAACUAUGCUUCCAUACUUGAGCUUCUCCUUCGAUUAAGACAGUGCUGCAACCAUCCUUUUCUUGUUAUGAGCCGAGGAGACACUCAAGAGUACGCCGACCUGAACAAGCUUGCUCGCCGCUUUCUCGAAGGAUCUCAUAGCAGGAAUGUGGUCCCAACGCCAGCCUUCGUUGAGGAGGUGGUUGACAGCCUACGGAAAGGUGAGAUGAGGGAGUGCCCAAUCUGCCUCGAGUCGGCCUCCGACGAUCCGGUGCUCACCCCAUGCGCACACCUAAUGUGCCGUGAGUGCCUCCUCUCCAGCUGGAGGACCCCGUCAGGCGGGCCGUGCCCCCUCUGCCGCAGCCCGUUGAGCAAGGCAGAUCUGAUCACGUGCCCGACCGAAAGUCGGUUUCAAGUAGAUGUUGAGAAGAAUUGGAAAGAGUCAUCUAAAGUCAGUAAGCUCAUGAAGUGCUUGGAGGGUGUUCAGAAGCUGGGGGAGAAGAGCAUUGUGUUCAGCCAAUGGACUGCUUUCUUGGAUUUACUAGAGAUACCAUUGAGGACUCGAGGAAUUGGUUUCUUACGGUUUGACGGGAAGUUGAGUCAAAAGCAAAGAGAAAAGGUCUUGAAAGAGUUCAGUGAGAGUGGGGAUAAGCUGGUGUUGUUAAUGUCACUCAAGGCGGGAGGUGUGGGGCUGAAUCUCACUGCAGCUUCAAAUGUCUUUUUGAUGGAUCCAUGGUGGAAUCCUGCAGUGGAGGAGCAGGCAAUUAUGAGGAUUCACCGGAUCGGUCAGAAGCGUCAGGUUCGAGUUAGGCGGUUCAUUGUCAAGGAUACUGUUGAGGAGCGAAUGCAGCAGGUGCAAGCGCGGAAGCAGAGGAUGAUCGCCGGAGCGCUGACGGACGGGGAAGUUCGGACCGCUCGGAUUGAGCAGCUCAAGAUGUUAUUUACAUGAGUUAUUAUUUUGCCGGCGAGAGAACAAAAAUAUGUAUUGCCUCUUCCAGUUUUGCUUGUCAAGGAAGAGUUAUUUGUUUCAGAAUUAGCAGGGCUAAUCAGAUGGAUAGCUGUUGAUAGUCCCUAUCAGUUCACUGAUUUUGUAAAUUUUUGUUCAUAGUGGUGGUAAA